UUUGGCGAAGAAAAAGUUUGUGUAGUUUCGACAAACUCCGUCCACCACCAACAACUAGGGCUAGGGAGCCGCAUACUGAGUCUCCAUACCUUUAACUUUUGCUUUAGGGAUUGUGAUAUUAACGUAACAAUUCUACAUGAUUUAUCUAAAGUGACAUUGGUCAUCAUUAUUAAGUUAGCGUUACAAAAACAAAAAAAAGACCAGCGUGUGCUCCUGGAUUUACGUCCCACUCACGUUUGAAUGAACGGCUAAUUGCUGUGUCGUUCAAUAGGUCCAGCAAACGGUACCACUGGAUGGACUAGGGUUUUUUUUCUUCGCCCAUAAUUCAUGAGUGAGGUACUUAUUCCUCGGGGAGUCGCCCAUCCUCCGCCGGGUGGUCUCAUGUGAAACGUUUCGAGGCAGCGACGAGGGGUUGGGGGCUCCGCUAGCAGAGCCCGGCUUCAGGAUGAGGAUACCCAGAGGAGGACGCCUGUUCCUGGCGACGUGCCUCGGUUCGCUUUUCGUUCUCGUGCUUUACUUUCAGAGCAUCACCAAGCCAGAACCUGGGGUGAAGACAGACAGCAGACCAGGUAAAAGUAGGAGGAGUCCACUGCAGACUCUCUACAAUGGAGACCAGCAGCUGGAGCUGCUGGCAGCGCAGAGGUCCCUCCAAGGUCGCAGGGAGCUGCUGGAGCAAGCGUGUCUGAGCCACACCAGGAAGCGCCACGUGCUUUCCCCCGAGGAUCUCAAACACCUCAUUGUGGAUGAUAAACACAGUCUCAUCUACUGCUACGUACCCAAGGUAGCCUGCACCAACUGGAAGCGCGUCCUCAUGGUCCUCACCAGUGACGGCCGCUACACCGACCCCCUCUCCAUCCCUGCGAACGAGGCCCACGUGGCGGGGAACCUCCGCACACUCUCCGAGUUCUCCGUCCCAGAGAUCAACCGGCGCCUCCGCAGCUACCUCAAGUUCAUCUUUGUGCGGGAGCCCUUCGAGCGCCUGGUGUCGGCGUACCGCAACAAGUUCACCCGGAGCUACAACACGGCCUUCCACAAGCGCUACGGAACCAAGAUAAUCCGCCGGCACCGGCCCGAGCCGGACCCAGAAGAGCUGGAGAAAGGUGAUAACGUUUUGUUCCACGAGUUCGUUCAGUACCUCGUGGACCCCCGGACCCAACGGGAGGAACCCUUUAACGAGCACUGGGAGCGGGUGCACUCCCUCUGCCACCCCUGCCUCAUCCACUACGACGUGGUGGGGAAGUACGAGACCCUGGAGCCGGACGCCCAGGCUGUUCUCAGUCUUGCCGGAGUGGAGGGAACGCUUCAGUUUCCUACGUCCGGUAAAAGCACCCGGACCGAUGGCAGCAUGGCCGCACGCUACUUUAAGAACAUCAGUCCGUUCUACCAGAAGAAACUGUUCAACCUGUAUCGCAUGGACUUCCUGCUCUUCAACUACUCCACUCCAGACUACCUCCGGAUUUGAUGAGGAUCAGAGCGUUGACAGAGCUGUGGAUGACAACCUUCAGAUUUUCAGUUUGUGAUCAUGUUGCACUUUUUGGUUGCCAUCUCUGCCCAGAGUCGUCCAUCACAACCUCUGGCUUGUCAGUUAGAACCUCUGGGAAAAAAGACAGCUGUGGAGAAUGACUGCGGUUUUCAAAGAGGGGAACUUUUUGUAAAUGAAACCAAAAGACAGUUUGCCAAACACCUGUCAGUUGCUUUCUGGUGUGAAAGAGGGUAUUGUUCUGAUGUUAAGCAGCACAAAGCGCAGAUGGGUUGUUCCCAAAGUGUGUUUGAACAUUCCAGGUGCCACAAACAAGUCCUUUCUGACGGGGGGGGGCUUUAGGUUCAUUUAGAACCCAAUAUUUAUUUUGUAUAAUUGCGUUUCUCGCCUAGAAAUUGCUUCGUGAAACAUGUCUUUGACUUUUAUUCUUGUCGUCCUUCACAUCUGAUGUCGGAUAAGAGAAUUCUGCCCUACCAGCGUCUCCGCGGAGUCCACUACAGUAAACGUUUCCCCGUGGCUCGUUCUUCUGAGAACUAACGAGCCAUAAAUCAAAGUCACACUUUGGGAGGAGCAGGUUCUCCUCCGGGUGAAUGUGCUGACACAGCAGAUUCUCUCUCUGGAUGGCUUUUAUUUAUGUAUGUUGGUGCAUAAAAGUAUUUAUUAUGUGAGGGCCUAUGAUUUUGUGAUUAAUGUAUUUUAUAUGAAAGAAGGGAUUUCUUUCUGCUUAGAAAGUGACUUGCUGUUUUUGCUUUUGCACAUGCCAAACAGAACUCUCCUAGACAAUUCUAAAAGCAUCAUGCUCUUCUCUAUGAGGUUCAACCCUGGCUCUGACGCCAUUGCCUGGGCUUGUCUUAUCUAACAUGUGACCAGUGUUGGGUAUAGUUACUUUGGAAAGUAGUUAAUUAGGUUACAACGUUACUAUCAAUUAAAAGUUAUCAGUUACGUUACAGCGUUACCUAUUAAUAAAAGUAACGCGUUAGAGUACUCCUGAUUACCGAAAAUGAAAAGCCGUUUGCAGCGCCUCGCACAUGCUGCAGCUUAACUGACGCAGACACACAGCCUACUUUAAAUGCACCGAGACGUCCUGACAAUGAAUAACAGCAUCCAACCAAAUUAACUCUGCAGGAUAACAAUAACAAGAAAGACAGUCAGUUAUAUGCCACACAGCAUUUUAUUUAUUAUUUUAAAUCACAGAACAUGUGAUCAAAAUUGGUACCCAGCCCAGGUAGCCGAUAUGAUGCAGUUAUGAAAGUGCAUCAAUUUACGUGCGCUUAAGUAAACUGAAUCUGAGGUAAACAGGUUGCAGAUUCAGAUCCAUUUAUAAAUUAACGACCAAUCAACGAUCUAACAAACAUGCCGAAUAAAACGAACAAUAAAAUCGCUCACUGGCACACAGCAGGCACAUUACAAAUAUAGCCUAAUAGCUGAACUAUGAAAAUACUAUUCAAGUAUCACAGGCCUAAACUCACAUACUCUUCAAAGUAGUGAUUGAAACGUAGCAAAAGAAGACUUUGGAAACGUUUUUCAACAACACAGAGAGUGCAUUUUACCGUUAUGUUGUUCUUGUCCUUUACGCUGGUGAAUUGAAAAUAAUGUGCGUACUUCCACGAUGAAAACGCUGACCUCUCUGCCAUCUUGCCGGGGUUCGAGACACUCACACACACACACACACACACACACACACACACACACACACACACACACACACACACACACACACACACACACACAGAGGUAAUGUAGGUCAGCAGCAGGGCACAGACGCAUCACAGCGCUGCGCCUCCGCUGACACAUCCGCAGGUGGCACAGAACUGUCUGACAAAAAGCAGGCUGCAGUCGGGAUUUUAACGGAUUACUUAAAAAACUAAGUUACUGAUUACCAAACGCACGAAACUAACGCGUUACGUUACUCGUUACUCGAUAAAAGUAAUUAGAGUACUCCCACAACACUGCAUGUGACACACAAUCGCUGACUCUAUCUCGAAAGUACUUCCGAGUCAUUUCCAGAGAAAGUAGCAGUCUACUUAAUUCCAGUAAAAGUGUGCUGCUAUCCCUCUCUAUCACUCCUCUAUCACUGUCUGUAUUUAGCUGUGGGCAGGUAGGCUGAACAAACAACCACAUAGCUGUGGUCGGGGGCCGGGUCCAGCUCAGCUCGGCCCCUGCUCAGAGCUCCCCUUGUUAGCCCGAGCGCAGGCACGUCCAGGGGUUAAUCCACCGGCUUCCCCACUGCAGGGCCUUGUUCAGCUGGAGUGACAGCAUUUACAUUUUGGACAUUACAGAGGCUGGUGUAGGAAAAUGUUUAUUAAUGGCUCCGCUGUGAAAAAUAUCAGUAUGCUGCUUCUUUUCAUACGGCCUUCAAAGUCUAGAGCGGAUGCUAAACUUCAAAGUCGGCGCAUGGGGAGUUCGCUGCGUAUAGCCGUGUUUUGACAAGACAGAAAAAUGCAUGGAAUUUUAAAAGACGAUAUCUUUAUUAGUGUUUUUUAACGAUGUAAAAGGAGUGUAAUGCCAAAUUGGUGGAAGUCCAUAAUAAUCUAUAUUGAAACUAAGAGUAAAAUCAUCUAGAUUGUCAUGAUAUUAAUUGUAACAGUUGAAUCUAGUGCAAUAUAAAAAAACUAUACAUUUUUUAAAGCAAGUGAACUUUAAAGUAAAUACCAUUAUUUUUACGUCCCUGUAAAUUACUGACCAAUUUAUUUUCAGGUUAAAGGAUUAUGUAAUUUGGCACUAAAUGUUCCUAAAAAGAAUGACGUUAAUUUAUUCAAAUCCGGCCAGUAGUUUUCCGUCAACCUCCAGAAAGACAAACAAACAGACAAGCAAAACAUAUCCUGAUUGGCUGAGGUAAUAACAGUCUCAGCAUUCAGUUUCCAUUAACCCUAUGAUUUAAGCCAAAUGAUAUAAUUCCUUUUUUUCAAGAAACCCUCAUUUAAAUGACAGGAAAGUGUUUAAUGUCUUUAUCUUCCAAAUGUAUUUAGUAAAAUAUUAAAGAAUAACAUUGGACUGGCCCAGGCAUGUCCUCUCUGGAAACAUGCUUUUCUUUCGGCCUGCAAUGCUUCGAAAAGUGCAAUAUCGGUGUGUGAGAUCUGUAAUGUGGUAAACGCUGUGUCCUUAUAAGUGUGACUUCCUCUGUCAUUGAAGCCUUACGUUUCGUGCAAUUCUGCCUAUGCCACAAUCCAUUUCUCUGUUUGCUAUGAGUUCAGCCAUGGAUUACAGGGUUGUCAUGUCAAUGCUAGCCUCUGUAGCAGUGUGUGAUUAAAGCCAUAGUUUGCAAGAAGAUGUGACUUGCCAAAAACCCAAUCACACCCUUCAUGUUCUUCUCUUCCACUGUCUGGAUGACAUGCUGUGCAAAAUAUAGGUUUGAACUUUUCUUUGUUUUUCUUUCCUGGAAAAUACAGAUUAGAAAUAACCAGUAGGUCGUUCUUUUCAAAGGGUGUGUGUGUAUUCAUCUCAUGCCCGGACGCUGCUGUGAAUGAACACAGCUAGUCAAACAUCUUUGGUCAGACCUGUCACUUGGUGAGUCAUUGUGAAAAAGUCUCCAGUUUACUAUGAAUGUAAUAACUUGAUAACUGAAGUGCACUUGCUGAUGUUCUGGUUGACUGGCUGGUUACCUUGGAGUUUCUACAAAUACAAUCCUUAAACAGCA